AUGAGGCAAGGAGCUGUAGGGGUGCAAGGAGGAACCUACCCCAAGAGCAGCGGGAGGAUCUGGCUGGACGAAGUGACCUGUGAAGGGACAGAGGCCCACUUGGGUCAGUGCCACAAGAACUCCUGGGGCGACAACGACUGCUCCCACUUGGAGGACGCGGGGGUCAUCUGUAGCUCUGUGACGCCGGAGGACGACAUUAUAUUUCUCCUGGACAUGGGUGUCGGGGGCAAGAUGUUUCGCAUGAACCUGAUGACCCAAAGUUUCGUCCAAAUCCCCAUUCUCAAGACCUACACACCUUCUUCCUUUGACUACGACCCCAAGUUCGGACGGCUUUACUUCGUGGACCACGACCUCAACCAGAUCGUCAGCACUCGGUUUGAUGGCGAAGACCUCAGACUAGUCAAGCAGCUUAAUGCAAAUGCGGAGAUGGACAAGAUCAAAGUGGACCCCUUAAACCGCAAGCUGUUCUACAGUGACAGAGAGAACGAUGUCAUUGCUAUGAUGAAUCUGGAUGGUUCCAAUUUCACAAUCAUUGCCAACUCCAUGCUAGAGGAGCCCAGGGACAUUGCAAUUGAUCCUCGCAAUAAGAAGGUCUACUGGACUGACUGGGGAGAAAACCCUAAAAUAGAACAAGCAAAUUACGAUGGGUCCCAGAGGACAGUUCUGAUCAGUUCCGGGUUAAGAUGGCCUAACGGGAUUGCCAUUGAUUACCAAGAGAACAAGAUCUUCUUUGCCGACGCUGGGACCCGCAAGAUCGAGUCGAUGGGUCUCCAUGGCGAGCGGCGGAUGGAGGUGUUGACAGACUACGACGCCCACUUCUUUUCUCUCUGCAUCUUAGAGGACUUCAUCUACUACUCAGACUGGAAUAAGAAAGGCGAGAGGUCACGCUACUACCGACCCCUAUUAAGGUCAAGGCUGAUGAGGAGAAUAGUGUUGCCUGAGGUGGUUGACAAUGUUGAACAGAAUCCACAGAAUUUUGAGCACAGUGCAGAUGAAAGCGGAUAUGCUUAG